UCGAGCGUGUUCGGAUCAAGAGUAGAAAGCAAAGAGUAACAGGACAGAAAGUUUGCAUGGAAAAAGUAGAAGGUUUUUCGAUUACCUGUGAAGAGCAUGAAGAGCUGAUCUCCAGCUUACGAGAUUGGAGAACAAGGUCGGGAAUCAACGCUCCGAAGAUCGAAGUGCGGUUCGAGGAUUUGUCAGUGGAGACUGAGGUUCAUGCUUCCAGGAGAGUUCUUCCCACCCUACCCAAUGCCAUCAUCAACACUGUUCAGGAGCUCCUGGGACGGCUUAAAGUGUACAAUACAAAUACAAGUCAUGUCAAAGUUCUUAGUGAAUUGAAAGGAAUUAUAAAACCAUCUAGCUAUUUCAGGAUGACACUUGUGCUAGGAUCUCCAGGAUCAGGAAAGACAACAUUUUUGAGAGCACUUUCUGGAAAACUAGAUCCUAGUUUAAAAGUCACAGGAAAAGUAACAUACAAUGGACAAAAGAUGAACCACUACCUCUCACAAAGAAUGUGUGCAUAUGUUAGCCAACUUGACGCCCAUCAAGCUGAGAUGACAGUGAAGGAGACCAUGGAGUUCUCUAGAAAAAUAUUAAAUGCCGGAGAUGAUAUUGAGAUGCUUAAAGAAGUGAGCACAGUAAAAACAGAAGCAAGCAUCAAAGAAGAGACAAAUACCAAUACCACGGAAACUGUGUUUUCGAAAGAUGAAGGGAGUUUCAUAGUUGACCACAUUCUGAAGGUACUUGGCUUACAUGAGUGUGCAAACAUAAUAAUAGGUGAUCAGAUGAGAAGGGGAAUAUCUGGAGGACAAAAGAAAAGAGUCACUAUUGGUGAAAUGCUAGUGGGCCUAGCACAAUGUUUUUUCAUGGACGACAUUUCAACAGGGCUUGAUAGCUCCACUACCUUUCAGAUUCUCAAGUUUCUGCAGCAGCUUACACGUGCUUUGGAUUUCACCAUGGUUAUAUCUUUGCUUCAGCCUGCUCAAGAAGCAUUUGAGCUAUUUGAUGACAUCAUCCUUUUAUGUGAGGGGCAAAUUGCUUAUCAAGGACCCAGAGAACAUGUUCUUAAACAUUUUGAAUGGAUGGGCUUCAAAUGUCCUGAUAGAAAGAACGCAGCAGAUUUCCUGCAAGAGAUAAUAUCAAAGAGGGAUCAAUCACAAUACUGGACAGGUAGCAAAAGCACAUAUCAGUACAUAUCUAUACAAAAAAUUUCAGAAUGCUUCAGAUCUUCUAGAAUUGGCCUGAAACUCCACAAAGAGUUGCAAAAGCCAUAUAACAUCGAGGAGAGUGAUCAAAUUGUCAAAUUAAAUGAGAUGUAUAUUGUCCGAAAGUGGGAGAUAUUCAAGGCCUGCUUCUCAAGGGAAAAGCUAUUAAUGAAGAGGAACUCUCUGGUUCACAUAUUCAAGGCCAUGCAAAUUAUAAUACUGGCAUUCGUUACUAUGACAAUUUUCCUCCAAACAACAAUGAAACAUCACACGGUAACUGAUGGUUACCAUUAUCUGGGAGCCAUAUUUGGUGGAGUAGUGAUGGUAAAAUUCAAUGGUAUGACAGAGUUGCAAAUUAUUAUGAGAAGACUUCCAAUCUAUUACAAGCAGAGGGAAGUGCUAUUUCUGCCAGGAUGGGCUUUCCUUUCACCUAUUAUAAUCCUCAGCCUCCUAUCCUCAUUUAUUGAAGCAGGUCUAUGGACAAGUCUAACAUACUAUGUGAUUGGCUUUGCACCAUCAGCAAUUAGAUUCUUGCAACAGUUCUUGGCAUUCUUUUGUGUGCAUCAGAUGUCAACGUCACUUUUUCGCUUUAUAGCUAUUGUCGCAAGAACACAACUGAUGGCUAACAUACUAGGGACAGCCACUCUAGUGGCUGUCUACAUUUUUGGAGGUUUCGUCAUAUCCACAGAUGCUAUCCAAUCAUGGUUGAUUUGGGGCUGCUGGUUAUCUCCUUUGACAUAUAGUCUGAAUGCCAUAGCAAUCAACGAAUUUCUUGAUCAAAGAUGGAAUGUGAAAGUUGACAAUGGAGGAAGUGGCGAGGAUACAAUUGGAAAGAUCAUCCUGAGAUUAAGAGGGAUGUUAACAGAGUGGCACUGGUACUGGUUCUCUGUAGCAAUACUGCUUGCAUUUUCUGUGGUCUUCAAUAUUCUCAGCAUUGUGGCACUUAAAUAUAUGAGAGCUCCAUUGAGAAAUAGAUCGAUCAUACAUAUGAUGCCUACUGAUUUCAAGAAGGUCAAUGCAGACGCCCAAGCAUUAACAGCUCAAGUGGCAUCCCAAAGUAGGAUGUCUCUACCAUUUCAGCCUCUGACAAUAGCAUUCAAAAAUAUUAGUUAUUAUGUAGACAUGCCUAAGCAACUGAAGCAAACUGGAUUGAAGCAGGAAAGACUUCAGUUGCUACGACAAGUCUCUGGAGUCGUCAGGCCCGGAGUACUAACUGCACUAAUGGGAGUGACAGGUGCUGGAAAGACUACCUUACUAGACGUUUUGGCAGGAAGAAAAACAGUAGGACACGUUGAAGGAAGCAUCAAAAUAUCAGGAUAUCCAAAGAGGCAGGAGACAUUUACCAGGAUUUCAGGAUAUUGUGAGCAAUCAGAUACUCAGUCUCCUUGUCUAACAGUUUUAGAAUCCUUAUGGUACUCAGCACGACUACGCCUUCCAUCAGACAUAGACAAAUAUUCAAGACGUAUAUUCGUAGAUGAAGUUAUGGAACUGGUUGAGCUUAAGAAACUGAAGAAUGCAAUGGUAGGUUUACCAGGAUUAAAUGGUCUUGCAGCAGAAGAGCGCAAACGUCUAACAAUUGCAGUGGAAUUAGUUUCAAGUCCUUCUAUCAUAUUCAUGGAUGAGCCUACAACAGGUCUAGAUGCACAAGCUGCAGCAAUUGUGAUGAGAACAGUUAGAAAGGCAGCAGACACAGGGCGUACAAUCGUCUGCACAAUCCAUCAGCCAAGCAUUGAGAUAUUUGAAGCUUUUGAUGAGUUACUUCUAAUGAAAAAAGGUGGACAGCUUAUUUACAGUGGACCUUUGGGCAUUUUAUCUGGGAAUAUGAGGCAAUACUUUGAAGCUAUUCCAGGAGUACCAAUGAUCAUAGAUGGUCAAAAUCCUGCCACAUGGAUGUUAGAUGUCACUUCUCCCGCUAUGGAGUAUAAGCUUGGCAUAGAUUUUGGAACCAUCUAUCAUAACUCAUCAUUUUACAAAGACAAUAUUAAACUGGUUGAUGAGUUUAGUGAAAGACAAACUAACACAGAAGACAUUCACUUCAUAUCCAAAUAUACACAAAGUUUUUCAUCUCAGUGUAUAUGGUGCCUGUGGAAACAGCAUAGAUCUUACUGGAAGAAUCCAGAGCAUAAUGUAGUUCGUUUCAUCAUUACAGUCUCAAUAUCACUUCUAUUUGGCUUAGUCUUCUUUGGAAUUGGUUCUAAAAGAGGGACACAACAAGAUAUUCUCAACGUUCUAGGAGCAAUGUAUGGUUCAGCACUGUUUCUUGGGUUUGCAAAUGCUAGCGUAGUACAACCUAUUGUGGAAAGGGAAAGGAUUGUAUUUUACCGUGAAAGAGCAGCUGGGAUGUAUUCUUCUAUGCCAUAUGCCAUAGCUCAGGUGGCCAUUGAGAUUCCUUAUAUCCUAAUUCAAGUUCUAAUUUUCUCAGCCAUUGUUUAUCCAAUGAUCGGAUUCCCAUUUACAGUGGCAAAGUUCUUCUGGUUCAUUCUGUUCUUGGUCUUAAGUUUUGUCUAUUUUUCUCUCUUUGGGAUGAUGACAGUAGCACUGACACCAAACCUAGAAAUAGCAGCCCUUCUCUCCUUUUUCAUCUUUGUUAUGUGGAAUAUCUUCUCCGGAUUCUUCAUUCCUCGAAAGAUGAUACCUAUUUGGUGGAGAUGGUAUUAUUGGGCCGAUCCUGCUGCAUGGACUAUUUAUGGUCUAAUGGUUACACAGGUGGGAAACAGUGAUGAUCCCUUGCAUAUUGUGGGCUCAUUCGAUAUGACAGUGAAGGAAUUUCUCGAGCAAUAUCUUGGAGUACAAGAGAGCUAUCUGCCACUCAUUGUGUCUCUCCACUUUGCAAUAAUCGUAUUAUUUCUAUUUGUGUUUGCCUUCAGCAUCAAGUAUCUGAAUUUCCAGAGAAGGUAGCUAAACUGCAUGCUUUUGUGCAUUCAAGAACUAAUUUCGGUCAACUCCAGUUAAUUAGAACAUAGUGUACGAUUGUAAGUGAAAGCCACCACCGCUGUUACGGCUCUUUCAAUUGUUCAUAUAUCACUUAUGCAAAAUUUAUCAUUCA